AUGGCUCGAAAAGGGUACGAGACGCUGGAUUCCAACAAUUCAAACGAGCACACGACAAUCGAAACAGACGAUGACUUCCACGAUGACCACACAAAGAACCUGGUCGGAGCCCGGGACGACGCCGCAGACACGCUCCUAUCGAGCGAUGACGAAUUUCCAAUCGAGGAUGAAGCCAACCUCAAGCUUCUCCCAAUGAAAGCGGACGACGGAUCUAAAUCGAAAUCGCACCGCUCUCGACGGAAUACAGCUACAAGGAAUCGAAGGAUAUCCUCAAGUGACUCGGACGAUGUGGCUGCCAAUGACGACCCUCAUGUCGUUGGCGAUCGGAUCGAGCAGCUUCUACAAAAGGAUCAAAGGGAGAGGAGUGCGUUAUCGGAAUCCUUCAAUCUGGAUCUCGAAGACGGUGACUCUCUUCUUGCCUUAAGCGACGAGGAUAAUGAACUAUAUGGUUUCCCGGCUGACAAGCGGCCCUACACCGAUGACGAGAACAGUGGAAAUGCGACUUUCCGAUCGAAGAUUCAGGCAGUCGUUCAUAAGCGUCCUUGGUGGCAGAUAUGUGCUCUGCUUGCGAUUGGGUUGGUGGUGAUGUGGCUCUCAGCUAUUGGACUAAGAAGGUCGUUCAAUAGGAAAGUGGUGGCGGAAUUUGAUUCUGUACCUUGGUACCCCACGCCCCUGGGUGGCACGGAUGCCGCAUGGGAGGAAAGUUACAAGAAGGCCCAUGAACUUGUGCAGCAGAUGAGCAUAUUGGAGAAAGUCAAUGUCACGACGGGCACGGGUUGGAUGAUGGGGCUGUGUGUUGGAAAUACUGGUCCUGCUACGCGCGUCAACUUUCCCUCCCUUUGCCUACAAGAUGGCCCCUUAGGCCUCCGAUUCGCUGAGAAUAUCUCUGCGUUUCCAGCUGGCAUCACAACUGGCGCGACGUGGAAUCGCGAGCUCAUGCGAGCCCGAGGCGUUGCGCUCGGUCGGGAAGCUCGCUUAAAAGGGGUCAAUGUGAUUCUUGGCCCUUCCAUGGGCGCAUUGGGAAUGAAUCCCGCGGGAGGCCGUAACUGGGAGUCAUUUGGAUCGGACCCUGUCCUGCAAGGCGUGGCCGCGGCAGAGACCAUUCGAGGUAUUCAGCGCAAUGGUGUAAUGGCGACAGCCAAGCACUUCGUGCUCAAUGAGCAAGAACAUUUCCGUCAGCCCUUUGAAUGGGGCAUCCCGACAGCGAUGUCAUCCAAUAUAGACGAUCGGGCAUUACAUGAAGUCUUUGUGUGGCCUUUCGCUGAAAGUGUUCGAGCGGACGUGGCAAGCGUGAUGUGCUCAUACCAGAUGGUAAAUAACAGUCACGCUUGCGAGAAUAGCAAGCUUCUUAAUGGCAUUCUCAAAGAUGAACUUGGAUUCCAAGGGUUUGUUCAAUCCGAUUGGCUUGCUCAGCGGUCGGGUGUUCAAAGUGCUCUGAGUGGUCUUGAUAUGAGUAUGCCCGGAGACGGUUUACACUGGCAAGACGGAGACUCACUUUGGGGUCCCCAUCUGACUCGCGCAGCUUUGAACACUUCUGUUCCUAUGGAUCGGCUCAACGAUAUGGUUAGUCGUAUCGUGGCGGCCUAUUACCAUUUCCGUCAAGAUACAUGGGAAGGCUCUCCAACGCAGGACAAAAUUGGUCCAAAUUUCUCAUCUUGGACCCAUGAGAGGAAUGGUAGUCUGCAUCCCGGUAGCCCGGAUGACCACACCAAUGAGGUAGUUAACUACUUUGUCAACGCACAGGGGAAAGGACCCCAUUCCCACGGAAAUGUGGCUCGCAAGGUAGCGGCAGAAGGGAUCGUGUUGUUGAAGAACAUUAAUGACAUUCUACCACUUUCACGCAAUUCGUCUCGUUCCACUGGAAGAUACCGUGUUGGUAUUUACGGUGAAGAUGCCGGCCCCGGACAAGGUCCCAACUUCUGCGCCGACCGUGGCUGUAACCAGGGCACCCUGGCUUCCGGCUGGGGAAGUGGUGCCGUGAACUUCCCGUACCUUGUCAAUCCUUGGGAUGCUUUGAAGUCCGCAUGGUCAUCCAAGACAGUAGAUACCCAGGCAUAUUUAACCAACAAUGUGGCGGUGCAAGAUCUGGUCGAACAAGAUCUCUGCCUUGUUUUCGCCAAUGCCGAUGGAGGCGAAGGAUUCAUCAAGAAGGACGGCGUUGAUGGAGACCGUCCUGACCUUUUCCUGCAGCGAAAUGGUACUGGUCUGAUCGAAGGUGUGGCUCACCAUUGCGGCGGUGGCCGCGGCAAGACCAUUGUAGUGGUGCACUCCAUCGGACCGGUUAUUCUAGACCCGUGGAUCGAUCUUCCUGGCAUCGAGGCUGUUCUGUAUGCCAAUCUCCCUGGUCAAGAAAGCGGAAACGCUCUAGUGGAUGUUCUUUUCGGUGAUGUUGACGCUAGCGGACGGUUACCUUAUACAAUUGGCCGCUCAUUGGAAGACUACGGACCCGGCGCACAAAUAUUGUACGAGUCCAGUGAACCUGUUCCGCAAGUGUUCCUCACCCAAGGCCUCUAUCUAGACUACCGGUACUUUGACAAGUUCAACGUCACCCCUCAUUACGAGUUCGGCUACGGUCUCUCCUACACUACCUUUGAGUUCGGAUCGCUUAAGAUCCAGCAGUUGCAAGACAAGUCACGAUUGCCCGCAAAGAGUCCCAAGAAUCAAAUCGACCCUCCAGAGUAUGAGAAUGUACCCGAAAGCCCUUCUUCAUCCCUCUUUCCAUCGGACUUCAACAUCCUCAGCAAAUACAUCUACCCCUACCUAAAGUCAAGGGAAGGAACCAAAGCCGGGCCAUACCCCUAUCCAGACGGAUAUAAAGACAUACAACACCCAUCCGCCGCAGGAGGUGGCCCCGGUGGCAACCCUUCGCUCUACGAACCCAUGCUGGAGCUCUCUGUCGAGCUCACAAACACAGGCUCCAGGCCUGGAAAGGAGGUGAUCCAGAUCUACGUCUCAUUUCCCGCCGACGUCGUGGAAUCCCGCGGGUUUGGCAAAACCCCCGAAUCAAUUGAAUUCCCCAACCGUGUUCUCCGAAAUUUUGAAAAGGUGUCGCUAGAGCCCAACGAAACGAAGAUUGUCAAUAUGACGUUGACGCGGAAGGAUCUUAGCUAUUGGAGUGUCCGGCAACAGAACUGGGUUCUUCCAACUGAGAAAUCGUUCCGCAUCUGGGCUGGAAGAAGCUCUCGGGAUCUACCGUUGGUGGCUGAAUUCUAG